CCUGCCAAAGUGUACCUUUUCAAGAUGAAGCCGCUCUCGCUCGCUCUCGCGCUCGCCGUGCCAACCGAGGCCUAUCUUCGCUUCGGUUGUGCUACUCUGAGUGUUCAACGUCUUGACCCCAUCGUCGAGCCUGGCAAGAUCCCUUCGUCCCAUGUCCACCAGAUUGUCGGCGGGAAUGCCUUCAACGCAACGGUUGAACCGGGCAGCGACGUUGCCGCCAAGGCGACCUGCACCACCUGCUCCUUCAGUGAGGACUUCAGCAACUACUGGACUGCGGUCCUGUACUUCAAGGCUCGCAACGGGUCGUACAAGCGGGUGCAGCAGUAUCCCAACGCGCUCUUAGGAGACCUGACGGGCGGCAUGACCGUGUACUACAUGCAGGCCGACUUCAGCAGCAACGGCAAGCAGAAGAUCACCUCGUUUAAGCCUGGUUUCCGCAUGACGGUCGGCAGCCCGACCAACACGGCGGGCAAGCACCCCGGUCUGCGGUACACCUGCCUACAAGACAUCAUGACCCGCUUCCCCGAAACCGCCGAAUUCCCCAAACAACCCUGCCCGGCGGGGAUCAUGGCGAUCCACCACUUCCCAGCCUGCUGGGACGGCAAGAACCUGGACACGCCCAACCAUCAAGACCACAUGUACUACAGCGGCACAGGCGGGUUUGUAACACACGGGCCGUGCCCUGCCUCGCACCCGGUGCGCAUGCCGCACGUCGCGCUCGAGACCAUGUGGGACACGCGGCCGUUCAACGAUAAAUCGCUGUGGCCGACCGACGGGUCGCAGCCGUUUGUCUGGAGCUACCAGGACAAGCAAGGGUUCGGCACGCAUGCGGAUUAUCUGUUUGGGUGGAAGGGUGAUGCGCUCCAGAGAGCUAUGGACUCGACGAGCCUGCUGAGCAACGGGCUCAAGACACAGACUGUGGCGCAGUCGAACAAGUGCAAGAUUAAUCCGAGUGUGAGGGAGGAUAUUGAUGGCUGGCUCGACAAGCUUCCCGGCCAGUAA